AUGUGCGUCCUACCGGAAGUCAGCACUCCGGAUCGCAGGAUCCCCUUCCGUGAGAAGAUCUUGUGGACGGGCAUCUCUCUGUUCGUCUUCUUGGUUUGCUGUCAAAUUCCGCUGUAUGGCAUCUCGGCCAACAAGUCCACCGAUCCCUUCUACUGGAUGCGCGUCAUCCUUGCGUCGAAUCGCGGGACCUUGAUGGAGCUGGGCAUCUCUCCCAUUGUGACCUCAGGCAUGGUCAUGCAGUUGCUGGCGGGGUCCAAGCUCUUGGAGGUCGACCAGUCUGUCAAGGAGGAUCGAAUGCUCUUUCAGGCGGCCCAAAAGCUCUUCGGCAUGGUCAUUACUCUUGGACAAGCCAUGGCUUAUGUCCUGAGUGGGAUGUACGGACCGGUACAGGAUCUGGGUGCUGGCAAUGCUAUUCUGAUCAUCGUUCAGCUCUUCUGUGCCGGGGUCAUCGUGCUGAUUUUGGAUGAGCUGCUUCAGAAGGGAUACGGGCUGGGCUCAGGCAUCUCCCUUUUCAUUGCGACCAACAUUUGUGAGACAAUCUGCUGGAAAGCCUUCAGCCCCACCACCAUGAACACAGGCAAAGGCCCUGAGUUUGAGGGGGCAGUCAUUGCGCUUUUUCACCUGCUGAUCUCUAGGAGCGACAAGAUCACUGCGUUGAAAGAAGCUUUCUACCGGCAGACCGCUCCGAACAUUACAUCGCUCUUUGCCACAAUUCUGGUCUUCUUCUUCGUGAUCUAUUUUCAAGGCUGCUGUGGCUGA